AUGCUCGGAGCUAACACAUCUGGCCUUGUAGCUAGGCACUCUUCUCACAGUUCACCGGAACUUCCGCAGGACAAGCAAAAUAUGCAGUGGUUACGCGGGAUUUUGUUCUAUUACAAAAGUGAAACGUUAAGCUGCCUCUCCAUAAGUACCGAAGUUGGUCUGUCUACCGUCAAAGGUGCAUUUACUCCCGAAGUAAUACAAGAAAUGGCUAAAAAUAAUCCUCGCCCAAUUAUCUUUGCCCUUUCAAAUCCGACAGCCAAAGCUGAAUGCACGGCUGAGGAUGCAUACAAAUACACAAAUGGUCAAGUGCUUUUCGCAUCAGGAUCUCCAUUCGAUAAUGUUGAGAUGUUUGGUAAAUUAUUUAAACCUGGUCAGGGUAACAACGCCUACAUCUUCCCGGGAGUAGCCUUGGGAGCCAUACUCUUCAAAGCUAAGCGUAUCCCCAAUCAUGUGUUCCUGAUUGCGGCUAGGCGAUGUGCUGCUUCUGUGACCGAGAAGUCCUUGAACGUCUACUCAAGGUUGUAUCCUAGGCUGAAGAAUGCUCGAGAUCUUUCCGCUGAUAUUGCUUUGGAUGUGAGUUUUACAAUCCCUUUAUUUUUUGUACUCGCAAAAAAAUGA